UUGUUUUACGACAUCGUCGUUUUACGACUGCUGUCGUUGACAGGCGCGGAAUUUGUAAAAUCAAUAACAUCACAUUCAUCUGCCGUUUUUACCAACCCUUUCAGUUGGAAAAAUAGUUUUAAAACUAUUUAUUUAUUAGCAGAUUGGGUCCACGCUAAUGCACGUUACAUUGUAAAUUGUGUUUAGGUGAUCAGGAAAAUUGUAAGGUUAAGCUUCGGCAUGUAAACUUCAAACUCAGGGUUGAAGUUUGACAUGAUUUAGCUAGCUACUCCCAUCAAGCUAACUGACCCGGGAGAUCUGGACAGUUUUAUGUUGUGUCAAUCUGUUGGAUCAGUCAAAAUAACAGUUUGUAACAACGCUUCAGGAGUUAUAUUGACUAAUGUUAGCUGGGCACGACGUGUGUGUGUAACGUUAUGACAAGUGUAGCUCCAAUGCGCCCUGGCUAGGCUAGGCUAGCUAUGCUGAUACAUCAUCUGACUAGGGCUCUGUUCACAUCCGGACGACCGUUAACGUUACGGCUCCAGGUCCACAGGGGGUUUAGCGUCACCGGACAGAAGAGGACAGACUCCCCGGGAGACAUGAUCCGGAGGACUCAGAUCAAACGGGUUCUCUGUGUGGCGGAGAAGAAUGACGCGGCCAAAGGCAUCGCGGAGAUCAUGUCUGACGGCAGAGCGAGGAGGAGGGAGGGGCUGUCCGUCUAUAAUAAACUCUAUGAGUAUGAAUACAACCUGUUUGGAAGGAAUGUGACGGUGUGUAUGACGUCAGUUUCAGGUCAUCUGUUGGGUCUGGAGUUCAAGGCUCAGUUCCAGAAAUGGCACAGCUGUAAUCCUGUCCUGUUGUUUGAUGCGGAGGUGGAGAAGUAUUGUCCUGAGAACUUUGUUCAGAUCAAGCGGACCUUAGAGAGAGAGGUGAGUCAGUGCCAGGCGCUUGUCAUCUGGACAGAUUGUGACAGAGAGGGAGAGAACAUCGGCUUUGAGGUGAUAGACGUCUGCAAAGCAGUCAAGCCCAGUGUGCAGGUGUUCCGUGCUCGGUUCUCUGAGAUCACUCCCAACUCUAUCAGGAGAGCAUGUGACAUGUUAACGGAACCAGACGGCAACGUCAGUGAUGCUGUGGACGUUCGUCAGGAGCUGGACCUCAGGAUAGGUGCAUCGUUUACCAGGUUCCAGACACUCCGCCUCCAGAAGACCUUCCCCGCCUCGUUAGCCAAUCAGCUGAUCUCGUAUGGCAGUUGUCAGUUCCCUACGCUGGGAUUCGUUGUGGAACGUUUCAAAUCCAUCCAGGCGUUUAUACCGGAGACAUUCUACAAGAUCAGAGUCCUCCAUGAGGUAGAGGAGGAAUCAGUAGAGUUCAGCUGGAAGAGGAACAGACUGUUCAACCACACAGCCUGUCUAGUGAUCUACCAGAUCUGUAUGGAGGAUCCCAUAGCAACCGUCACCUCGGUAACCAGUAAACCCAAAAGCAAGUGGAGGCCGCUGCCCCUGGACACAGUGGAAAUGGAGAAGCUGGUUUCCAGGAAGUUGAGAAUCGGCGCCAAAGAGACCAUGAAAAUCGCUGAGAAACUAUACACACAGGGGUUAAUCAGUUAUCCGCGUACAGAGACCAACCUGUUUCCUAAGGACCUGGCCCUGGGCCCCUUGGUGGAGCAUCAGACACACAGCCCCUCCUGGGGGGCCUUCGCUAGGGGGGUGAUGGAGCAGCCAGGGGGACCCAACCCACGGCAGGGCACCAAGACAGAUCAGGCUCACCCCCCUAUACACCCCAUCAAGUACACCAACACACUACAGGGCAACGAGCAGCGUGUGUAUGAGUUCAUUGUGCGUCACUUCCUGGCGUGCGUAUCCCUUGAUGCUGUGGGGCAGGAAACGGUGGUCGAGGUGGAAAUGGCUCACGAGAGGUUCUCCGCAAACGGCCUCAUGAUCAUCAGGAGGAACUACCUGGACGUGUACCCCUACGACCGCUGGAGCACUAAGGUGAUCCCAGUGUAUGAGCAGGGUAGCCAGUUCCAGCCGUCAGCGAUAGAGAUGCUGGAUGGCCAGACCUCUCCUCCUCAACUCCUCACGGAGGCAGACCUCAUAUCACUGAUGGAGAAACACGGCAUCGGUACGGAUGCCACCCACGCAGAUCACAUUGAGACCAUAAAGAGCCGUAUGUACGUGGGACUAACAGCUGAUCAGAGGUUUCUACCAGGAGAGCUUGGGAUGGGACUGGUGGAGGGUUAUAACUCCAUGGGGUAUGAGAUGUCUAAGCCACACCUGCGGGCGGAGCUGGAGGCGGACCUGAAGCUGGUAUCGGAGGGGAGGAAGGACAAACAGAGCGUCUUGAGACACCACAUUCACAAAUACAAGUCGGUCUUCGUAGAGUCUGUUAAGAAAGCCAAGAGGUUGGACGAGGCUCUGUCUAUCUAUCUGGGCGCGGCCCAGGAGUUCAGCGAAUCAGAGCAGCAGGAUAUGGAAAUGCCCCUCCCAGUCAGGAAAUGUCCUCAGUGUGGGCGGGACAUGGUACUGCGGAGGAGGAAGGAGGGGAAUGGGAAGUACCUGUCCUGCGUUGGUUACCCAGAAUGCAAGUGUUCCGUGUGGUUUCCGGACACGGUGUUAGAGGUCAACAGAGACGAGUCUGUCUGUCCCACCUGUCAGCCCCGCCCCGUUCACAUGUUAAAGUUGAAGUUCCGACGAGGCAGCCUCCCUCCCAUGAUGCCGCUGGAGUUUGUGGGCUGCAUCGGAGGGUGUGACGAGACACUGAGGGAGGUGCUCAACCUCAAAUACCUCAGAAUGGGUGGAGGGGGGGUGGCGGGAGGAGUAGGAGGAAGAGGGGGAGCUGGGGGAGGAAGAGGAGUAGGAGCAGCUGGGGGAGGAAGAGGUGGAGCUGGGGGAGGAAGAGGUGGAGCUGGGGAAGGAAGAGGAGGAGGAAGGGGAGACACUGCAACCAAUCAACCUAGACCUCGCCCAGCCCCCAGACCGGACCCCCUGUCUUCCCAAGCCCCCAACCCCCCCUCCUCGUCCUGGCCCCACCCUCGCCCUGACCCCCAGGCCCCACGCCCUGACCCCAGAGGUGGUGACAUCACAGUGUGUAACUGUGGUUCGGAGGCGGUCCUCCUCACCGUGAGGAAAGACGGUCCUAACCAGGGCAGACAGUUCUAUAAGUGUUCCUCUGGAGGCUGUACCUUCUUCCUGUGGACCGACCAGCCCGACACUAACGUUUACCCUCCAGGUCCCCAGGGGGCGCCACACAGCAGGCCACAACAGCCCCCCGGGACCUCCGUGGGGGAGGUGGUUUGUAACUGCAGUGAGCCAGCGGUUCAGAGGACAGUGCAGAAAGAAGGACCUAAUAAAGGACGAGUGUUCCAUACCUGUGGGAAGCCCAGAGAUCAACAGUGUGGAUUCUUCCUCUGGGCUGACGAGAACAUCCCACCACCAGGUUCAGGUUCUGGAGGGGGAGACUGGGGGAAGAGGGGGAGGGAGGCUGGGGGAGGAGGAGCCCCCCCCACCACCAAACCCCCCGCUACCAGGAAGCCCCGUACCUGUGGCAUCUGUCACAUGCCUGGACACACACGUGUCACCUGCCCUCAGCGCUGACCUUUAACCCCAGAUCCCACUGCUGCCAUAGAGAUGCUCUGACCUCCGUGUGACCUUGUCCCCGACCUCUGAACUCCGAUGUGAUCAGGAAGCUCAGCGGUUGAUGUUUUUGAUAUAAACACAGAACUAGAAUCGGUUUACCUUCAGCUCGCCCCUUAACCCUAAAAAUCAGGAGGGGAUCCCAGACGGACCAGAGGUCAGCUUCUAGAGGUGUUAAACCAGGGUUCAUUUGGGACAGGAGUGGAGUGGGACUGGGUUCAUUCUGCCUGUGUCUCACCUCUGACAGAGAAACUGCAUUUAAAGGACAUGGAGAAAAGAUCAAUAUUUGACAGAGAAAUAAAAGAAUGGAUUUGAUUGGUAAUUUGUCCCCAAUAUGUAACAUUACUGGUAUUUUUGAAUGUUUAUAUAAAAUCACUGUUCCCAGCAA